AUGUGGCCAAACCAGCUAGCUAGCGCUCUGAGCUCCGCAGGAGAGCAACUGAUCGCGGCUUCGCGCGAUAUUGCUCAGGCCUCGUCUUCGCCAUACAGUGCUCCUUCUGGCAACGGGCCAUCGAACGCGGACUUCAACUCCAUACUAGCUAGGCUUUCUGCGAUCGAAGAGGGUCAAGCGCUAUUGCGGAAAGAUGUACAGGACUUGAAGAGCGCCAGCUCUGCCGCAGGCCCAAGCAGCGCUGCUGGUCUGUCGUCUUCCAGCACUGGGGACCUCGAGAAGCGCAUCGAGGAGCUUCAAGAAGCUUUGAGGAUGAACCAGGAGCAGUUGUACGCGCGCCUUCAUAACGCCCGGGCUACCACCAACAAGUCUUCCGUCAUGGCGCCGGCUACGGGCUCAAAGCCGCCCGCCGGGUUCCCUGCAACUCGAGGAGAGUUCGAACAUCUCACGCGCGAGCGAUACGAGGCUAUCCUCAAAGCGUACAACGUGCCACUUCGCGGUGAUACUGCCGCUAAGAAGGAGGCCGCGCGCAUCGUCUUGGGCAUUCCGUCGGGAGAGCCAACCUCGAAGUGA